GCGGAAGUAAGAUGGCGGGGUUGUCAGAAAAACUGUUUUCUCUCUGAUGGACGGGGGUCAAAGAAGGUUGAUUUCAUCCUGAAGUGGGACUCAGACAGCAGCAUGGCAGAUGAGAAUGAGAAACCUGCUGUUGCUCCUCCGGUGUUUGUUUUCCAGAAAGAUACAGCACAAAAGAGAUCAGCAGAGGCAUCCAGUACAGAGGAUGAAGAGGACUCGGAUAAAGAUGGCAGUUCCUGCCCUGCUGCCAAGAGAGGAAGAACAUCACCUUUAACACAGUUUCCACCGGCUUACUCUGUUUAUAAGAAUAAUGUUUUCAUGCCAUCCAGUUUCUGUCAAUCACCAACUGCAAACUCAGACUCGGAUCCUGAGGAAAAGACUGUGGGGUUUCGUCUGAAGCCCCCGACAUUGAUCCAUGGCCAGGCUCCAAGUGCUGGUGUCCCAAGCCCUAAACCCAAAGAAGCUCAGCGCAGCAUCCUUCGACCUUCAGUGCUGCAGGCCCCACCGACUGUCGCUCAGAGCGACACAAGCAACAGCAGAUCAAAUGGAUUGAAAAAUGCCUCAGGAGCAGAAUGGGACAGUAACUCCAAGGUCUUGCCUGGUGGAUCAGAGGAUAAUGAUGUGUUAUCGGUGAAGAAAUGCGGAAAGACCUGUGACGAACCCAAAGAACAUUGUGCACCAAUUGAGGCCACGUUUUUAUUUGGACAGAAUAUGAAGGACAGAGCAAAGGUGGGUAAACCUUGUGACUCGACUGAGAGUGAAAAUUCAGAGGAAAAAAAUUACUUCUUACAGUACAUCAAUUCCAGCAAACAGAAAGCUGACAACAGCAAUGCCAACAGUGCGAAGUUUGUUUUUGGACAGAACAUGUCAGAACGUGUCUUGGCACUGCCGAAAUGUAGCACUGAACUAGCCGGCGACAGCAGCGAGUCACAGCCAAAGAUCGGCUUGUUCAGCCAGCUUUCCUCCUCACAAGAUCACAACCUGGAGAAGAGUGACAACACUAAAGAAUCUCUGGAGGAGUCUGCGGCACGACAUGAAGCGCACAAAACCCAGAAAUGUAUAUUAAAACAAGUGGAGGUCAGGACAGGAGAGGAGUCCGAAAGCAAUGUGCUACAGAUGCAGUGCAAGUUGUUUGUGUUUGAUAUGGUCUCUCAGUCAUGGGUGGAGAGGGGAUGUGGAGUGCUAAGGCUGAAUGAUAUGGCAUCUGAUGAUGACGGCACCUUACAGUCCAGACUGGUCAUGAGGACUCAGGGAAGUCUUCGAGUGAUCCUCAACACAAAGCUUUGGCAUCAGAUGCAGGUGGAUAAAGCCAGUGAGAAGAGUCUCAGAAUAACAGCUAUGGACACAGAGGAGCAGGGGGUCAAAGUCUUCCACAUUUCUUCCAGCUCUAAGGAUGCUGCCCAGUUGUUUGCAGCCCUGCAUCAUCGUAUCCUGGCACUGCGGAACAUCAAUGGGCAGGAGUCUGACACCCUGUCAGCUCUUCCUUGGAGGGAGAUCAUCCACUUCAGCGACGAUGACGAGUCCCGCACACCUCCUGCAGUAGUUACACUUGCAUCAGGUAAUCCAGAGGCAGGUGUGUAUCCAUCCACAGCGGACACAUAGUGCUGAACCUGCUGCUGAUAUCAAGCCCACAACGCCUCACUGCAGUCCUCUAAUUACUAUGCAGAUGUUUCUGUCUAAACUCCAUCCUUGGGUAUACUGUAGUCAUGUGCUUUUUAGUUUAUAUGUCUUAUUUAUUUUAAGAACUGGACACGUAACACUCUAAACGUCAUCAUAUUGAUGAGAACAAGAGAAUCUUAGUUUUUAGUUCAAGUGAACAGUAAAUUUAUCAUUCUAAAUGCGAGCAGUCCAUGUGAGGUUUGAUUAUUCAUAUAAAACAUGUAUGUGUAUUUACCCAUCUAAUCUUUCAUCAAUGUUCAGUUCCAUCCGCACCAUUAAAAUCCUUCCUUACACCUCAUCAAGCUGAAGCUGCACUGCAUUAGAUCUUACACAGAAUAUCUCAGAACUACUUCGUAUAAAUCAUAAUAUCCGUAAGUCACGUUUAUAUUAACCUGUAGCUUACUUGUGUGGCACUGUAGAAUAGUACGAAUUUAGGUCUAGAAAUAGUUUUGAAUCAGAAACCUUCACAAUGCAGCUCUAAAUUGAAGUUGAACUCCUUUAGUUCACAUUUGUUCAGUCUAUUUGUUAAACUUCUCCUGCACAUCAGAUAUUUUUGCGCUUGUACCUCUAACUUGGACUCUCGUGUAAAUGGUGAUUAUUUGAAGAGUGAACCUCAUGUGAAGGCCUCACCUCUAGACAAAAGGAACAAUUGUACAAUGUAAGUUUAAAGUACUGUGAAUGAUCAUCCACUCUUGAAACACGGUAUAUGCAAAAGUUCCUUUUCUCACACACUAUAUUUUUAUUAACAUUGUUCUGUAUAUCAGAGUUAUUAUUGUACAUAGUUUAGGAUACAAGCUUUUAUAGCAUAAUGUCUUAUUAUAGACAUUUAUUCUUAUCGUAAAAAAUAGGUUCCAUAUUGUGUGUUACUAUUUUACUACAAUGUUAGCAUUACAGGUUUGUUUGUGUGGUGGGGAUGUGGUUUUUUUUUAAUGGCUUUUGUCAUUAGAUCAGAAAAAUGUAGACUCUAUCUUUGUUGGUCACAAAAACUCCUGUCAAUACAGUGAGAAACAUUACAGAUUUUCAGGUUUCUUUAGGUUGAGCAAUAUGUUCUGGAAAAGAGCUGAAUCACAGUUGUGAUUAUGUGGUUUUACAAUAGGUCUAUUAGGAUAAAUUUCAUAUUGCACCCCAAAAUUAAGUGACUUUUUUUUUUUAAUGUUUUAUUAGCAUUAAUUAAAUUAUUUGAAAGGAAUAUAAAUAUGUAAAUCGGCCAAUUUUUGUUAAAAAAAUUAUUUUACAAUUCACAAUUUCAUGACAAUUAGCAUAAAAUAUGUAUUUGUGAGUAUCACCCAUUAUACUGUUUCAAGAUUUUUUGGAAGAAACUAAACUAAGUUCAUCAUUUAUUGAAGGUAGUUGAUCAUCCAGUGAGCGUGGAUCAGACAUCACUCGUGAGGCACAUUACUGCCAAACAACUAAAACGUUUAAAAACUCUGUGACUCACGCAAUGAAGUCAAAAAAGGGCUUUCCCCCAAUGACUAUGAAUGCUGCUGUAUUGCCCAAUACAAUAGCAGUGAUUGGUACUAAUUUGUAGCAUAUUUUAAUAAUACAAAAUGUGACAUUGGAAAACAAUUCUUUGUAGAUUGUUAGCUUUGUGUGACUGUUUCUAUUUAUGCUUCCUGAAAUGUGUUUAAAGCAGAGCUCAAUGCAGCUUGAUGAAUACUUUGUAAAGCUGAAGAACAGGAUGUGUAGCAUCUGACCAUGUGAAAAAGACUGUAAAGAAGAAAGGGUUGAAAUGAAUAUGCUUCAGUCAUGUGUAGCUGUUUUUCUCCUAAAUGUGUUCAAACCAAUGGAACAGGUUACCUUAGUAGUUUUUAUAGUUGUAUACUCUCUAAAAAAAAAACUUCAUGUGAAAACAUAUAUUUUAAUUAAAAUAUUGUAAAAUAAAUAAAAUUAGAGAUGUAUGUAGAUAUGGUGGUCAAAUGCUAAUAGAUUUGUCACAGAUUUAGCAAGGUGCUUAUAAACAAAAUAAUAUUUCCAGUCCAUUUUUUUUUUUUUUUUUUUAUAAAUGGCACCUAAUUAUUGUUGUUUUGUGGGUCAUGUUUUUGAGGGCCACUGUAUGCCCAUAAAGGGUUCUAUAGUUAGAUGUUUCCCAUCAAUAUGAAAGCAUGUAAACUAGCAGGGCUAAAGGUUUACAAAAUGGAUGUUUGCUUAGUAAGAGUUGAUUGCUGUAAAUGUUUACAUUCAGUGUGUUGCAGCACGUGUACUGUAGGACACAUUCCUGGUCUUUUUUUUUUUUGUUCCUUUUUGGGUUGAUUGUGUAGACCUCAGAGAGACUGUGAACACAUCGGUGCUAUUUCUGGUCCAAAACCACUCGAUUGCACUAGUCUUGUGGUUUUUAUAUACAAUUUCACUCUGAUGGAAGUGUUUUAGAGAUGAUUCAGAAGGGCUAGGCUCCUAUUGGACACAAGCAUCUGUUGAAUUCACUUGGAUAAUUACUGUAUUGUUUUUUGUUUUGUGUUUGUUUUUCAAAUCAUAAUUUGGAAAAGUGGAAUGAUUUAAAAUGUUGUUAUCAGUGGGGUUUUCCAUAAACCAUGUGGCAAGUUUAACCAUUGUAAAACCAAAACCUGGAAUAUGCACAUAAUCUUGUACUUUUUUCCCUGACUUCUCCCAUCUAGCAUUUCAUUUUGAAGGAUCUCUCUCCAAAGUCUAUACUGUGUUUGUUUGCAGAUACAAAAAGUUAAAAAAUGUCUUACUAUUCCACCCCUCACAUUCUGUAUAAUGGUUUUACACUGUAACCUGUUGCUGCUUUUAAAAGACACAUUCUUCUGCCACAUGAAAGCCUAAAUAGUCUUUGUAUUUAAAUCAGACUGUUUCAUUAAGUUUCCUUUUCCAUUUGUCUGAAAUCUCGACCUUUUGUUUUUUUAAUGGUUACUGAAAUGUGAAGAUUUCAUUCUACACAUGUACACUAUAUUUUUUUGCCCUGUAUGUUUUGGAGAAUUUUAAGUCCAAUGCAACUUAAGCUCUAUGGACAUGCUUUCUAAUACUUUAGUAAAUAAUUUUGACUAUUGUGUACAUUAAGGCACUUACAAUGGAAGAUUAUUGGGCAAGGCAUUGCACCAGAAUAAAUGUUAAAAUGCACACUACAGCCACAAGACGUAACCAUGAGAUUAGUGUGAUAGAAUCCGUAAGAAACAGAUAAAUAUUUAAGUCCUUUUUACUAUAAAUUCUUCCUGCCCAGUAGGUGGCGAUAUGCACAAAAAAAUGGGAAUUACCAAAAUCAAAAGAAUGUGAAAUUGGAGAUCUAUUGUAAAAAUGACUUAAAUAAUUCUCUUUUUCUCACCCACACCUUUUAAAUAGCUUCUGAAGACAGACUUAACCACUGGAGUCAUAAGGAAUACUUUUAUGCUGACCUAUGUGACUUUUAGCUUCAAAUGUUUGGCAUCCAUUUACUUCUAAAAAUCUUAAUUUGUUUUCUGAUGAAUGAAGUCAUACAAAUCUGGGAUGCUAUAAGGGUGAGUAAAUGAUGUGUGAACUAUUCCUUUAAUUGUGCACUCAGUAAUUAUUUCCUCAUUAAAAAAGUUGAACUCCUAAAAACAUGAAUUGUAAUUUUGCAAUAAAUGUAAGAAGUC